GCUCCACUCCCCUCAAAUUUUACUUUAUUACUUUUUCUCUGUUUAAUUCCAGGCCGAGGUUUGAGCUAUGGAGACCGGAGGCAAGUUCAAGAAGGGCGCCGGAGGCAGGAAGGCCGGCGGUCCCAAGAAGAAGCCGGUGACCCGGUCGACCAAAGCCGGACUGCAGUUCCCCGUCGGAAGAAUCGGCCGGUACUUGAAGAAUGGCCGGUACGCUCAGCGGGUCGGAUCCGGAGCUCCGGUUUACCUUGCUGCUGUGCUCGAGUACCUUGCUGCUGAGGUUUUGGAAUUGGCUGGAAAUGCUGCCAGAGACAACAAGAAGAAUCGCAUAAUCCCAAGGCACGUGCUAUUGGCUGUGAGGAAUGAUGAAGAACUCGGAAAGCUGCUUGCUGGUGUGACAAUUGCUCAUGGUGGUGUGCUUCCCAACAUCAACCCUGUGCUUCUGCCAAAGAACUCUGGGAAGACGGCUGCGAAGGAGCCAAAGUCUCCAUCCAAAGCCACCAAGUCCCCUAAGAAGGCGGCUUAGGCUUAACUUCUCUCAGUACUCUGAUCUGAUCAGUAGUGUAUGUGGUAGUCAUGUAUCUCUGUAUGAAAUCUACCUGUUUGUAUUUCAUUUCUAGGGUUGCUCGUUAUGCCCUUAGGAUUUCAUAUCAUUGUACAAGCUUUAUUUCCAUUUCCUGUUGAACAUCGAUCCUUCAUUUCAGAUGAAAUGAAAUUUGCCUGACUCCUAAAUUAUUGCCUGUGAAA